AUGAGAAGCAUGGAGAUCAAAGACAAACCUGAGGACAUCCACAUUGAGUCCAUCGAAAAUCUAAGCGACACAAGCGAGGAAGUGGAAAAUGUUGCAGGUAGCGAACAAUUACAACAAGAGUUGGAGAUUCCUGACUCGUUGAAACAUAUGUCAUCUGACGAGCUCGCAGCGUUUGACAAAAAGGUCACAAGAAAGAUCGAUCUCAGAAUCCUUCCAGCAUUGGUGUGGAUUUACAUUCUGAACUACUUGGACAGAAACAAUAUUGCCUCUUCACGUCUUGGUGGACUGGAAGAGGAUCUUGGACUCGUCGGUAACCAAUAUCAAACCUGUAUCUCUAUUUUGUAUGUGGGUUACAUCCUGAUGCAAAUUCCAUCAAACAUGAUUGUCAACAAGCUAAAUAGACCAUCUUUGUUCAUCACCAUUAUCAUGUUCUCAUGGGCCAUUAUUUCCACUUGUUGUGGUGCUGUCCAGAACUAUGCUGGGCUUCUUGUCAUUCGUCUUAUCCUCGGUUUUGUUGAAGCUGGUUUCUUUGGCUCUGCGUUGUAUUAUUUGUCUUGCUGGUAUACAAGAAAGGAUCUCUCCUUCAGAAAUGCAGUUCUUUAUUCUGGAUCACUGUUCUCUGGUGCACUAUCAGGUUUGAUAGCCGCGGGAAUCAUUGACAAUAUGGAUGGAUCCAGAGGAUUAAGAUCCUGGAGAUGGCUGUUCAUCAUCGAAGGUGCCAUUACUGUUUUUACAGUGCCAUUCACGUACUUUAUCCUUCCAGAUAUGCCACACAACUCCAAAUUCCUGACAGAACAGGAAAGGGACCUGGUCUUAUGGAAACUGAGAAAAGAGGUUGGACAAGACGAUUCAGAUCAACUGAACGAAGAGUCGUAUUGGACAACUUUCUUACUAGCUAUUAAAGACAUCAAGGUUUGGUCAAUCACUGGUAUCCUGUCAUUCCUAGUUGCUGCUUGUGGUGUCACCAAUUUUUUCCCAACAGUUGUUGAAACCUUGAACUUUGACAGAAUCACCACACUUGGUCUUACUGUUCCACCGUAUAUUCUUGCCGUUAUUGCAACCUUCAUUUGGGCAAGACAUGCAGACAAAACAGGCGAGAGAUUCCUCCAUGUGACAAUUCCUUUGGUUCUUUCCAUGAUUUCUUUCAUCAUUGCAGUUGCCACGAUGAACACAGGUGCGCGUUACUUUUCAAUGUGCUUGAUGAUCCCAUCGCUGUACUGCUCAUAUACUACGAUCCUAUCCUGGAUGUCCAACAGUGUUCCCCGUCCACCGCUGAAGAGAGCCAUUGCGCUUUCCUUGAUGAACUGUUUGUCCAAUUCAACCUCCAUCUGGAACUCCUAUCUCUAUCCUACGAGUUCUGCGCCUAGAUUCCUUACAGCUUUCAUUUGUAACAUUGUCUUUGUCCUUUGCUCAAUAAUCAUCACAGUGAUUCUUAGACUGAGACUUCGUGUGCUGAACAAGAGAAUCGAGAACGGCACAAUGAACUGGGAGAAAGAGCUUGGGCGUGGGAAUGAUGGCUCAAAGGUGAACUCUGAUUUCCGGUUCUUGAUCUAG